UGAGGAGUGUGAGGUUGGUUUGUUUGUGUGGAUUUGGUAGUUUGAUGUUUGUGGGGUUUUGGUUUUGUGCUGUUUUUUAAUUUUCACUGUAUCAGGUUAAUGGAGCUGUUUUGCAUUUGUGAUGUAUUUCAAAAACUUACAAGGGCUAAACUUAACAUACAGAUAUUAUUCCAAAGGAGAGAGAGGGAACCCCUCCAACAACAAAUGAACCAUGCACAUACAUUUGUGAAGAAGAUACAACUAGCAGUGAUAAAUCAUAUCUUCAGGUUUAAUACCCACUUAAUAUCUCACUCCUUCAUGCUACUUCAUAAUUUCUGAGACCAGAAUGUACACUGAGAUGAACAAUCUCUGUCCUAUUUUAAGCUUCAGGAGAACUGAAGUUAAAGUCUUUUAACUGAAGGGCUGCUGGAGAGUUAUAUUAGCAAUUUGUUAAUAGAUAGAUUUGCUUUUGAGGGGGCGCUUACCUAGCGGGAUCUUAAUUUUUCAAGUGUGCUUUCAGUCAUCUUUGUCUGUAAUAUCUACUUGUUAGUAGUUGGUGAUGAAGUUUGAGAUGCUCGUUGGACAGAAGCCUAUGGAGACUGUAUACGUGAAGCAUAUGGUCUCCUGUACACUGAAAUUUGGAUAUAGUCUAUCGGUGCUUAACUAAGUCAAAUGCCUCAAGAUUUGAAAAGAGGGACUCUGAAUAUGUCUGGCAUAGCUCUUAGCAGACUUGCACAGGAGAGAAAAGCCUGGAGAAAAGAUCAUCCAUUUGGAUUUGUAGCAGUACCUACAAAAAAUCCAGAUGGCACAAUGAAUCUAAUGAACUGGGAGUGUGCUAUUCCAGGAAAGAAAGGGACACCAUGGGAAGGAGGCUUAUUUAAACUACGAAUGCUUUUCAAGGAUGACUACCCUUCUUCACCCCCAAAAUGUAAAUUUGAACCACCAUUAUUCCACCCAAACGUGUAUCCUUCAGGCACAGUGUGUCUCUCCAUCUUAGAGGAGGAUAAGGACUGGAGGCCAGCAAUCACAAUUAAACAGAUCUUGUUAGGAAUACAAGAACUUCUAAAUGAACCAAAUAUUCAAGACCCAGCUCAAGCAGAGGCUUACACAAUUUACUGCCAAAACAGAGUGGAAUAUGAAAAGAGGGUUCGAGCACAAGCCAAGAAGUUUGCACCAUCAUAAGCAUCUGUCAUGCAGCAUCUUAAAAAGGAAGGGAUUGAUUUGGCAAGAACUUGUUUACAAAACUUUUGCAAAAUCUAAUGUUGCUAUGUACAAUUAAUAUCCACUUAGGGGAGGGGGUUGUAUGUGUGCCAUUUUCCAUAUUCGCCACUUGUAUACAGUUCUAAAUUUGCUGAAUUGCCCCCAGUUUUUUCAUACAGGGUCUCUUCCUUCAGUCUUUUGUAUUUUUGAUUGUUAUGUAAAACUUGCUUUUAUUUUAAUAUUGAUGUCAGUAUUUCAACUGCUGUAAAAUUAUAAACUUUUAUACUUCUAUAAAUUCACUAGUAUCUCUAGUUACUUUGCUAUCUGAUGCAGGCAUGCUUUAAAAUGUUAGAACUAUAUUUAGCCUCUAGCUGGCUGUAUGAAGAAAAAUCAUGUCCUCCACCCCCUUCCCUCCCUGAAUUUGUUUUUCUAUCUUUCAGAAACUAGGUUGUUAUUGCUUAAGAGCCUCUGAGAUCCAAAGUCAGCCAGCAUCCUUAUUCUGCAUCACUUCCUUUGUGUUUAUAUGGCGUUCUGUCUGUGUUGCUGUUUAGAGUAAAUAAACUGUUUAUAUAAAGGGC